UUUUUCCCAAAAAUUAUCCGCAACGGCAUUCUGGAUCCCAUCCUCCACUGUCCAGGACGCCGUUCCCUCCCCCAAAUUUCGGGGAGGCCUUCUCCUCCGCUACCUCCCCCUCGUCGCCGCCUCCCUCUGGCCGUCACCGUCUCCCCCUCGUCGCCACCUCCCUGUCACCGUCGCCGCCUCUCCCUCCUCGCCACUUCCCCCUCGCUGUCGCCGCCUCCCCCAAGUCCUCCACCCAGUGGAUCCGCGCGCUCGCCGGCUCCCCGGUUCUCGACUUCACCGACCGGAACUUCGCCCGCGGACAGCCGCCGGCGCGGGCCGCGGCCACGGAGGGUCGCUACCUCCGGCCCCACGCCGAGCGCAGCGCGCCGCUCGACGCAGCCGCGGUGACCAGGGGCGCCAGGGAGGUGAACGUGGACGCCGUCGCAGGAGGACGCCGCUCACGGGAGCGCCGCCGCUGCGUUCCUAGAUCUCCCCGGCGACCUGUUCCAUCCACGCCGCCGGCACCACCCGUCGCGCCCGUCCCCGACAGCGACGCAACACCCACCACAGAGGCAUCUCUGGAGAGCACCGGAUCGACCCAAUCGCCUCCAAAGAUGGGUGAUUUCUUUAUCGAUCUCAAUGAUGCAGCACAGGGUGUUGGUGUUGGAGAAGUUUCUGAAUCUUCCAUGAGCGGUUCUGCUUCCAAGGUGGGGGCAACAAGGAACAAACAGACCAACUUCUCAGCGUAUGAAGACAACAUGCUCUGCAAAUCGUGGCUGGAAAUUAGCUGCGAUCCUGUUGUCAACACCGGCCAGAGGAAGGAAGCUUUUUGGAUUCGUGUGCUCAACAGAUACAAUUCCAAAUGCGGCAGCUAUCUGACGAGGACCCAAAAAUCCAUUAUGAGUCGUUGGGAUCACAAGGCUGAAGUAAGCAAGUUCUCCGGAUACAUGGCUGAGAUGAUCCGUUCCAAUCCUAGUGGCAUGUCGGAUGCAGAUAAGUCAGUGGAUGCUGCUGCUGAUUUUGCUAGUGUGGAGAAGCACAAUUUCACUCUCAUGCACUGCUGGCAAAUCCUGAAGGAUGAGCCCAAAUGGAUGGAGCUUAAAAGGAAAAUGGACACCCCUCAAAAUAGUGGUUCCAGGGAAAAUGCCCCCCCCCCCCCAGUGUGCAGCGCGACAUUUUCGAUCUUCGUCCCGAAAAGUCCUCAUCAAGUAGCCCAUCAAGAAAACGUCCCAUGGGGAGGGAUACAUCAAAAAAGGCUAAGAAGAAAGCUGCUUCAUCAUCCUUUGAGUACAUGUCUAAGAUGCAUGACCUAUCUGUUCAGAAGAUUGAGUUGUUCAAGGAAACAGAGGGUGAGCGCAAGACCCAGCUAGAUGAAAUUGUUACUAUAGAGAAAGUAGAGGUAGAGGAAGCUCGUGAGCACCGCAAGAUGAUGCUGGACAUAGAGAGGGAAAGGUUGGCUCUGGAUAAGCAACGGCUUCAAAACGAGGCUGAAAAGAAAGAGAAGGAAGAGGACGAGCGCAUUUUAGCUAUUAACCUUGAUCAGUGUCUACCAAUGCAACGUAUGUACUAUCAAGUGCUACAAGAAGAUAUCAUUCAAAAGUUGAUGUCUCGACGUCGUGGACCAACUCAGUGAGGAAGUUGGUGGCAAAUCAUGUCAGUGAGAUCUAUAUAUCUGUUGUUGUGUGAUCUGAGAUCACAGCAUCGUCUUCUGUAAUGUUAUCUGGGAUUAUGGUUCAUAAUAAUGUUGUCUAUGGUUCUGUAGUAAUAGCAUCUAAGAUCACAGCUCUACUGUGGUAUUGUAAUCUGCAGCUUCUGUAGUAAUACAUUUCAAACUGCACUAUCUGGUGGUUCAGUUUUUUGUUUUCAUAAUCAGCCGAAUGGGUCAGGCUUUUUGUUGGUCCUGAGAAUAUGGAUAAGCCUAGCACUUCAAACUUUGAUCUUCGAGUAACAUCAUAUAUAUGCACUUGGCUCA